CUCCUCCACAGCUUCAAGACGAGUAAGGGCGUUGGGUACUCAGCACACUUCGUGGGUAACUGCCUCGUGCUCACCUCCCUCAAGAUCAAGGGCAAGGGUUACCAGCACUGCAUCAAGUAUGAAUUCCAACCCAGGAAGUGGUACAUGGUGGCGGUGGUGUACAUCUACAACAGGUGGAGCAAGAGUGAGAUCAAAGUUUUCGUCAAUGGUCAGCUCGCCUCAGCCACCGAGAUGACCUGGCUCGUCUCCACCAAUGACACAUGGGACAAGUGUUACAUCGGGGCGACGCCGGAGCUGGAUGAAGAGCGGGUGUUCUGUGGUCAGAUGAGCGCGGUCUACCUGUUCUCUGAGGCUCUCACUGCCCACCAGGUGUGCGCCAUGCAUCGCCUCGGACCCGGGUAUAAGAGUCAGUUCCGGUUUGACAAUGAAAGUUACCUUCAACUACCAGAAAACCACAAGAGGGUAUUGUAUGAUGGCAAACUUGCAGCUGCGAUUGUAUUUAUGUAUAAUCCAGUGGCCACGGACUCUCAACUCUGUCUACAGUCUGCCCCAAAGGGUAACCCGUCCUUUUUCGUCCACAACCCCCACGCACUCAUGCUUCAGGAUGUGAAAGCUGUGGUGACUCACAGCAUCCACAGUACUCUGAACAGCAUGGGUGGUAUCCAGGUGCUCUUUCCACUGUUUCAACAGCUUGACCUGCCUCAUGACACACCCCCAGCCAUCAAUGAUUACUACAACACCAACAAAGACCCCUCACUAGGUUCCACCUUGGUUGGGUUCAUCUGUGAGAUGGUUGAAAGCUGCAACACAGUUCAGCAACACAUGGUUCAGAAUCGGGGGUUUCUGGUGAUCUCUCACCUACUUCACCGUGCAUCACGACAUCAUGUUACUAUGGACGUUCUUACUGCCUUCCUCAAGUUAACGAAGUUCCUUGUUACAUGUCCAAAUUCAAACUCCGAUUUACUGUUGAAGCAGCUCCUGGAUCACAUUCUGUUCAACCCAUCACUGUGGAUCUACUCUCCGGUGGCAGUUCAAAUGCGACUCUACACCUACUUGGCCACAGAGUUCCUGUCUGAUGCACAGAUUUAUGGUUCAGUCCGUAGAGUUUCCACAGUAUUGCAAACAAUGCACACACUCAAGUACUACUAUUGGGUAGUUAAUCCCAGGGAUAAGAGUGGAAUAAACCCAAAAGGUCUUGAUGGUCCACGACCCAGUGACAAGGACAUUGUCAGUCUACGUGCAUACAUGCUGCUAUUUCUCAAACAGCUGAUCAUGAUUGGCAAUGGUGUCAAGGAGGAUGAGUUGCAGGCAAUUCUUAAUUUUCUCUCCACCAUGCAUGAGGAUGAGAACCUGCAUGAUGUGCUACAGAUGCUCAUGUCACUCAUGUCAGAACACCCAUCCUCCAUGGUCCCAGCUUUUGAUGCCAAACAUGGGGUUCGCACAGUCUUCAAACUCUUGGCCUCAGAGAGUCAAUUGAUUCGCCUUCAGGCCCUCAAGCUGCUUGGCUACUUUCUCUCAAGAUCCACUCACAAGCGCAAGUACGACGUCAUGAACCCCCACAACCUGUACACACUUCUUGCUGAGAGGCUCCUGGUCCAUGAGGAAACGCUCACCCUGUCAACCUACAAUUGUCUCUAUGAGAUCCUGACAGAGCACAUCAGCCAACAAGUGAUAUACUGCAAACAUCCCGAACCAGAAUCACACUACCAGUUAGAAAACCCAAUGAUCCUAAAGGUUUGUGCCACAUUAAUACGACAGAGCAAACCAUCGGACAGUUUGAUGGAAGUAAAAAAAUUGUUCCUCUCAGACAUGACGCUACUCUGUAACAACAACCGUGACAAUCGUAGAACUGUUCUACAAAUGUCAGUGUGGCAGGAAUGGUUGAUUGCCUUAGCAUAUAUUCAUCCAAGAUCAACAGAGGAACAAAAGAUUAGUGACAUGGUUUACUCGCUCUUCCGAAUGCUUCUUCACCAUGCAAUCAAGUUUGAAUAUGGUGGCUGGAGGGUGUGGGUUGAUACCUUGGCCAUCGUCCAUUCAAAGGUUUCAUAUGAAGAAUUCAAGCUUCAGUUUGCUCAAAUGUAUGAACAAUAUGAGCGUCAUCGAUCUGACAACAUCACAGACCCAGCAAUCCGGCAGCAACGUCCCAUUUCAACAAUCUCAGGGUGGGAUCAAGCUGCAAGCAGACAAUAUUAUGUCAACACAGAGAUGUACCGUAAUGGACCUGGAUCAGAGAUUGAAGCUGAAAAGAUGCCAACUAUUGAAAAUGGGAAGAUGUCAGACACACCAGAACCUGUUCAUGAGCUUCCGAAAGAUGCAGAAAUUGAACCAGUGUUGAAGGAGGAGGCUCAUGGGAAGAGAGAAGAUAUUGAAAAUCAUGAACAACUGCACAAAGAAUCAAGUGAAGGAAGGGAAACAAUAGAAGAAAAAGUUAUGGGAUAUGAAUUAAGAGAGACAACAAGAGAACCUGCUCUUCAGAAGGUAGAUCAGAAUAUUGAAGAGACAAAGAAAGUUGAGGAAGAAGACUUGUCUGUUCAUCACACAGAAAUAAUUGCCAACAUUGGUUUAAAACCAACAGAUGCCAGUGAUCUGUCUGCAAAAGCUGAUGAAGACAGAAUUACUAUUGACCAUCAAGAGAGUACAAAAAGUAUAGAAGUAAUGAAUAGUAGCAGUGUGGAGGUUGUGGAUAAUAAAGCAUUGGAUAAUAAAACCAUAGAAGAAUGUGGAGAGAAAACAGAAAAGGAAAUAAUCAAAAGGGAAGAGAUUGAUAAGCCUGAAAAGGAACAGGAGAGUGUAAAGAUUGAAGAUAUAGCUAAAGAAAAAGAUGGUGAUACUCCAAAGAAAGGAGAAAGCAGUAAAAUUGACGAUGAUAAUAAGUCAGACGAAGAAGAAAAGAAGGAUGAGGAUAAGAAGGAAGCAUCUGAUGAGGAAAACUCUGAUUUAACCACUCUUUCUUCUACAGAGGUGACACAGGAGCUGGAGCCUGAAGGUAAAACAGAUUUGCAUGUUGAUGAGAGCAGUGAAUCCUCUGGAGAAAGCAAUAAAAUUACCGACACACAAAAGGAAGAAACCAAAGGAGAUAGCACAGUGGAAGUUGAAAUGACCAAUUUGAAACAUGAGGAAAAGAGAGAAGAGGUAAAGGAAUGUACUGGUGAGACUGAAGAAAGUGACGAGAAAAGUGUUUGUAGUAAAGAAAAAACAGAUGAAGUGGACACAAAAGAAACGUCAGUGGAACAAGGGUCAGGGUUAGGAGAGGUAGCCAUCCCUGCUCCACCACCACAAGAGAUGAUUGCAACCAUCUCGGGGAGCCUCCAUGAAAAGGACAAAUGUGAGAAGGAAAGGGAGGCUAAGGUAAUUGAUGAGGAAGAUAUGCCAGUUAGUGAUGUGAUAACUAAUAUUUCUGUGAAAAAGGAAGAUGUCUGUGAUGUUGGGCACAGUCAGUUACAACCUACUAUAAGUGAAGUUCAAAAUAUUUCUGUUUUAGAGGGCAAAAAUCAAGAACAGGAAAUUAAAGUUGAGACAAGCAUAGCACCAGAAAAAUUGGAAACAGAACAAGUAAGCAGUAGCAUAGAACAGCCCUUUAUAGGUACAAGUGAUGAUAUUGUUGUAAGUGAAGCACCAGUGUCAAGUGUGUCAACGUCAGAUAUUAGUACGCUAGAAUUGUCUGUUUCUGAUGGUGUAAUAACCCAACCUAUUCAAGCCUGUGAUAAUGUACAAACAACUGCUACUUCUGCCUCUUUCCCACCAGCUUCUAGUCCUGUUAGUAGUGCUGUUCAAACUCCUAAAAAAGACUCAUUAACUAAAAGUACCAGUCAGAACUUGCCUGAAGAUACACCAGAACAGACCAGCACAGAAGUACAAGCGUCAAACACAGAAGUACAAGACUCCUCUACUACUGAGGUACAAUCAUCUAAGACCGAGGUUCAGGUUCAAAGUUCCACAAGUAAAGAAGAAACUUGUUCUCUUACUCUAGAGGACCGAGGAUCUCCAAUGAAAGUAGACCCCAAACCAGAAGUUGAAGUUACUUCUAAGGUUGAGACGUUAAAUACCUCAAGUACAGAACAGGUGACAGAGAAGCCAGAAUGCAGUAAAUCUCCACCAAAUUCAGAACUGGAGGCUACCACCACCAUAAGUACAGAAGUAGCAGUAGAGUCAUUGUCAUUACCCAAGGAAUUUUUUAUUUCAAAUUCCAGAGACAAACCCAAAGACCAAGAGUCACAAACUGAAGAAGUUGGGGAUGAUGACCUCAGUAAAGUUGAAACUGAAUACAACCCUGAGGUGAAAGUUGAAGAUACCAUUUCUUGUGGAAUGGUGGACAGUGCCCUUUCAUGUGGACAGGUGGACAGUGCCCUUUCAUGUGGACACGUGGACAGUGCCCUUUCAUGUGGACACGUGGACAGUGCCCUUUCAUGUACACAGGUGGACAGUGCUCUUUCAUGUGGACAGGUGGAAGAUGUACUUUCUUGUGGACAACAGAUAGACAAGGAGGAAGAGGAGAAAGUUCUAGAUGUAGAGGAGACUGUUAAAAUUAAUGAUGGGGUAGACUUAACAAAAGACCAAGCAGACUUGGGGUUAAGGAGGCAUGGAAUAUCUCUCACUGGUCAGAGUACUCUGGAGAGAGAAAAGGACAGACAAAGUGAUUCAGAGCGUAAGUCUGCAUCUGUUUCAAGAAGUUCCUCUAUUGGAUCCUCCCAGUCGCACUCCCGUCAAAUAUUUUCAUCAGGACCAACGCGGCCGCCUUUUCGGAUCCCUGAAUUUCGGUGGUCCUACAUCCAUCAAAGACUUCUAUCAGAUGUUCUAUUUUCUUUAGAAACUGACAUGCAAGUAUGGAGGAGCCAUUCUACAAAAAGUGUGUUGGACUUUGUGAACAACAGUGAAAAUGCCAUCUUUGUUGUCAACACAGUCCAUCUCAUCUCACAACUGGCAGAUAACCUCAUUAUUGCAUGUGGAGGUUUAUUACCUCUAUUGGCUUCUGCUACCUCACCCAAUAAUGAAUUGGAUGUCUUGGAGCCCACACAGGGAAUGGGAGUGGAAGUUGCCGUGUCAUUUCUGCACCGAUUAGUAAAUAUGGCAGAUGUUCUUGUGUUUGCUUCUUCACUCAACUUUUCUGAGUUGGAAGCAGAGAAAAACAUGUCGAGUGGAGGAAUCCUUAGACAGUGUUUACGCUUGGUUUGCACUGUGGCUGUGAGAAAUUGUCUUGAAUGUCGUGAACGGACGCGACUUCAAGAUGUAAAUGGUGCUGGUGGUAAUGGCAUCAAACCUAUCAACAAGUCGAGACACAUUCACUCUCUUAUAAGAGGUGCUCAGGCCUCGCCAAAGAAUAUUGUUGAGAAUCUGGGCACGCAGAACAGCCCUGUGAGAGAUCCCGAGAAACUCCUCCAAGACAUGGAUGUCAACAGAUUAAGAGCUGUUAUAUACCGUGAUGUGGAGGAAACCAAACAAGCACAGUUUUUGUCGUUAGCAAUUGUUUACUUUAUAUCUGUGUUAAUGGUGUCAAAGUACCGAGAUAUUCUUGAACCUCCCACGAACCCGCCCUCCUCACCGCCACCUCCGCCACAGGCUGCUCACACCAAUGGUGCAUUUACACAGCACCAUUUCUCAGGUACAGAACGCUCUGGGGAAGUUGAUGAAGAUGGAGAAUACGAAGUCAUCGUUGUUGAUCAACACAACUCCUCCAUCCUCGCUUCUGAACAUUGUUCCACUGCCUCCUCUGGUCCACCCUCCCUCAAGUCUAACCACACUCUAGGAACUGGCCCUGUCCCUAAGUAUGGUUGUAAUGCCUAUGGAGCUAAGGUUUCUAAACCAGUAGCUCGCAACAACAUGAUAAACCCUAAGGGAUCUGAGGUUGGUGAGGCGGGCAGUGACGUAGGCUCAGGAGCUGUCAGCCUCAAUGAGGAACAAAACUCACAGCCAACUGAUGAUGCAUGGACAGAUGUCAACCUCAAUGAUGGAACACCUGAUGAGAUUGAUGCAAAAUCUCAAAAGUCUGUGUAUGGUGUGCCAGAGACUGGUGAGAUGCCACAGCUACAAACACAACCAUUGCCUACCCAACAGUCCCAAUCACAAUCACAGCAGCUAUCACAACCUCAAUCCUUAUCACAGCCAGACCCUCAGCAACAGCUCUCUGGUGGCCAAAUCUCUGUACUUUCUUCUCCGUCCAACAUGCCUGAUCCAGUAACUUCUACUGUAAAGCACCACCGACCAGAGGACCUCAACAUCAAGCCUUUCCUUCACUCUGACCUUCCCAUCCCAACGCCGUCUCGUGAAGCAUCUCUCACACAGAAGCUGGAGAUGGCACUGGGGUCUGUGUCCCCACUCCUGCGGGAGAUAAUGGUGGAUUUUGCUCCUUUUCUCUCAAAGACCCUUGUGGGUUCCCAUGGGCAGGAGCUUCUCAUGGAAGGUAAAGGACUAAUGACCUUCAAGCACAGUCAAAGUGUAGUGGAACUUGUGAUGUUGCUGUGCUCACAGGAGUGGCAAAACUCUCUCCAGAAACAUGCAGGACUUGCCUUCAUCGAGUUAAUUAAUGAGGGAAGACUUCUAUCACACGCCAUGAAGGACCACAUAGUGCGAGUGGCAAAUGAAGCUGAAUUUAUCCUCAACCGAAUGAGAGCUGAUGAUGUGCUCAAGCAUGCUGAGUUUGAGUCUUUAUGUGCCACAACGGUCUUGGAACGUCGUGAGGAGGAGAAGAUGUGUGACCACUUGAUCACAGCUGCACGUAGAAGAGACAACGUUGUAGCUGCACGUAUCUUGGACAAAAUUACCAAUAUUUUAUCAAACAAACAUGGGGCAUGGGGCAUUGCCAUUCAAGUACUAAACAAAAUUGCACCACCUCAGUUCUGGAAGCUAGACUCGUGGGAAGACGACUCACGACGGAGAAAACGUUUUGUGCCAAACCCUCUUGGUUCCUCCCAUCCUGAAGCUACACUGAAGGCUGCUAUUGAACAUGGAGCUCCUGAAGAUGCCAUCCUUCAAGCCAGAGAAGAAUUUCAUGCCCAACUUGCAGCUCAGAGAAGGUCCUUACAACAGCCCCUGCAAUCACCAGACCUUUUGGAUGACUCAGAACUUACUACUGAUGACCGUGAUCUUGAUGCUGAUGUAACAGGAAUGGUGAAUAUGAGCACCAGAGCACGUCUUGUUGCUCCUGGCUUGAUGGUACCCGGCACUGUCUCCAUCACAGCAGCGGAACUCUACUUUGAAGUGGACGAAGAGGACCCAGAGUUUAGAAAAGCAGAUCCAGAGGUAACUUACUGGCCAUUCAGUGGUUGGUCUGUCUUGUGUUAG